AAGACACACGCUCAGGCAGUCAGUCAAACUCGAGACGCUCACAGAACACACUCACCAUCUGGACUAGUGGUGGGACAGGAGAGGGAGAGAGAGAGAGAGAGAGAGAGAGAGAGAGAGUGGGAUAUAGAGGGGCGAUCUGCACCUGUCCCACAUACACACACAGAGGCGAGGGAGAGAUCAGACGGCUCUAUGUGUGGCUGGAACCAAAGUCUGUCGGCCGCCUCUCAGCAUAGCUCUGUCAUGUUGACCACUGAGGAGGCUCCCCACACCGCUGACCAGGUGGACGCAAAGAUGAACGUAGAGGACGCCGACAUGUCCAAGUGGACGGAGGCCGAGUUUGAAGAGAAAUGCACCUACAUAGUGAAGGACCACACGUGGGAAAACCCACAAGACAAGCCAGAGCUUACAAGGGCCCAGGCUUCACUCCCCCGGAACCUGGCCUUCAGACACUCAUCAGACUCCAAAGAGGUAAUCGGUGUAGUGAGCCGAGAGUACAUCCCCAAAGGCACUCGCUUCGGCCCUCUAGUGGGAGAGAAGUACACCGCAGAGAAUGUCCCCAAAGAUGCCAACAGGAAGUACUUCUGGAGGAUUUACACAGAAGGCGAGUUCCAUCACUUUGUGGAUGGCCUGGACGAGGAGAGGAGCAACUGGAUGCGCUAUGUGAACCCAGCCCAUUCACAGGAGGAGCAGAACCUGGCAGCCUGCCAGAACGGCAUGAACAUCUACUUCUACACAGUGAAGGCGAUUCCAGCUGACCAAGAGCUGCUGGUGUGGUACUGCUCCGACUUCGCCCAGCGACUGCACUACCCUCUUUCGGGAGAUCUCAUGAUGCAAAAGCUCAAACAAAGUCUGGUGGAAGCGAAGCAGCAAGCAUCUGAAGAAAUGCCAGUGGUGAAGAGAGAAUACACUGUUUCAGAGAUCCUGAAAGACACAUGGAAGGUACCUGCUAGGCCCCUGCCCACACGGCCUCACUGUCAAUACAGCCCUGACCGACCCAUCUACCCCCGUGUCAUCUAUCCCAUUCGUCCACAACCUCAUCACAUCAGAGAAGAAUUCUUGAAGGCAAGCACAGCUAUCUGCUUUGCCACUCGCUCACCUGGACAAUCCUCAUCCACCCCCAGCCCACCAGCACGCAGCAGCCCAGAGUCCAGUCCCCAGAGCAGUCCUGCACCACGGGAUCCUAGAGACUUACCUGCCCUCCCCUACAGUGCUAGCUUGGGCCACUACCCAGGCUUCUCCCCUCCUACUCCUAUCUCCUCCUUCUACCCCAAUCCACAUUACAUUCUGAGCCACUACUCUAUGAAUGGGGCUCCUCCAGUGGGGAGUGUGUUCCCCCGCAUGUACCCUUUCAUCAAUGGCCUACUGCCUCCUCACAUGCCCCACCCUUCAGCCAUGCUUCCUCCUGAGGGAGGCCGGAAUUUGCUUUUGCCGCCACCAUACAGGGACCUGUUGAUCCCACCCCCCAAGAGUGCCUUCCCUCAAGCAACAACCCCGAAGGACAAACCCCUGCAUGGGCAUGGACACCCUCAUGUCCCUGCUAGUGGAUCCCCCACGGCUGGCUGUGCAGCCUCCCCUGACCAGCAGCCUGCCAACCCUACCUCAGCCCAACCAAGCGCUGGACGUCUGGAGGAUGAGGAAAUCCGUCUCAGCAAGAUGAAGCGAGGCCCAGCAGGCUACAAGACCCUGCCAUACCCUCUGAAAAAGCAGAAUGGCAAAAUCAAGUACGAGUGCAAUGUAUGCAGCAAGACCUUUGGACAACUUUCCAACCUCAAGGUGCACCUGCGUGUCCACAGUGGUGAACGUCCUUUCAAGUGUCAGACAUGCAAUAAAGGCUUUACCCAGCUGGCCCACCUGCAGAAGCAUUACCUGGUCCACACAGGAGAGAAGCCCCAUGAGUGCCAGGUGUGUCACAAGCGUUUCAGUAGCACAAGUAACUUGAAGACCCACCUGCGACUACACUCAGGUGAAAAGCCCUACCAGUGCAAGCUUUGCCCAGCAAAGUUCACACAGUUUGUUCACCUCAAGCUGCACAAACGGCUGCAUACACGAGAGCGCCCCCACAAGUGCCCGCACUGUCACCGCAACUACAUCCACCUCUGCAGCCUUCGCCUUCACCUUAAGGGAUACUGCCUGGCUGCCAUGCCAUCUCCCUGCUGCAGCCUAGAUGAGCUCAAUCGCAUUAAUGAGGAGAUUGAGCGCUUCGACAUCAGUGACCACGCUGACCGAUUGGAGGAGAUCGAAGGCGUAGAUGUGGAGAGGCUGGUGGAGAAGCAGAUCCUUAGUCUGCUCUUCAGCCGGGAAAUGGACCUCAAGUCAUCGUACCACAAAGGCAGUGAUCUUCUUGGCCCACAUCUUUCCAGUUCCUACGGCCUGUACGAGCCAAGCAGCGAGACAUCGGUCAUUAAACUCCUGCCCGUCAAGGUGAAACAAGAGACUGUGGAGGCGAUGGAGCCUUAGCCCCAUCUCUAGCACACAGCCACUAAAAGACACGCUGUCCAUCAGCUCCAGCUCCCUGGGUCUGAGCGGUGGACAGCCACAGGUGUACAAAAUCCUUUUCAAAAGGAGCCAGGCUCAGGCCUUUGUCUUCAGGGACUUCUUGUACUCAGGGCUAAGAGGCACUGUUGCAGACUGCUAGCGGUCCAAUGUGUCCUACACUUACUUUAGAGACAAUCAUCUACUCUUAAAUUCAUAGUAAUAUUAUUGUUGUUAUUGAUGUUUCUAAUUGUUAAUCUUUAAUAAUAUUUGGUUCAGUUUAGUAUGCAAUCUCCUUAAUUUAUUGUCCGAUUUGUUUUCCUUUAAAAACAAAAAAUGUUUACAAUGACUUGGUAAUCAUUGCAAUUGGAUGUUAUGUAUAUUUUCUUUUGUCUUUUUUGUCAUUCUUUUGUACAUAGUUUCUUGCAGCCUGCAUUAGCUGUUUAAUUUGUUUGGCUUCUGAUUGUGAUAAUGUCAAACAAAAAUAAGGAGCUCACCUUAAUUCAGGGUUUUAAUUUCUUAUAUGCAGGCUGGUAUUUAAAAAACAAAACAAAGGUAGCUCUUUUUGUGGAAGGCUUUGAUGGAAUUUUGAAUAUGCCACAAUCACAUUGUUUCAAAUGUCGGGGGGCAGCAGGGCAAGGUUGCUUUUAGAUGACUUUCCCCACAGGCCUUUCUUUAAUCUCUGUCGAGCACUCCUCUGUAUAAAAAGGGCAUUUUAUAAUUUUUCAACAAGUUACCUCAAAUUAUGAGUGUGUGUGUGUGUAUAUAGUUCUAUUUGUGUGUUCUGAAGGAAGUCAGAGGCAUAUAUGAUAUUUAUUGCUUUUCUACUUGAAGAAGAAACCAAAUGUCCUGGAGUGCAGCUCUCCACGUGGUCCAAAUGAACAGGGGUCUGCUCGCAUGUAGCACACUGGCUAUAAAGCUGAGAGUACGUCUCUACUCACUCACUAAUAUUUUUGGAGCAAUACUGAUACCAAAAGGGGGAGGGGAUUGGGGAUAAACAAGGAAUGCGGAGCUAGUUACCAAAGUUCACUUACUUAAAGAGCAAUGCGUGUCUAUGAAGUGUUAGUUGCUCUUUAGCUGUUGUCUGUUCUGUAGAGGUUUUUUUGUUUUGUUAUUGUUUGCCCCUUUUGCGCUCAUGGAUGGCACAAACCAAAGCGCCUUGGUCUUUAUAUGCACUGGUUCUUCCUCAUCUUCCUCAUUUGUCUUGUAUCUGUACUUUUUUUUUUAUUUCUUUUCAGACCAGGUUUUGUUAAGUCCAGCUAUUAAGAUGAUCUAUUUUCUGAAGGCAACAAGACGUGCCGUAAAGCAGUAGCAUCUCCGAACUUCUUUUUCUAUCUCUUUCCUGAACUAUGACCAAAGUCUUCCCCACAUCUUCAGCUUUAAACAAACAAACAAAAAAAGACAAAAAGAAACUAAUCUGUCUCUGUUUACAUACUGGUUUACAUAGUUAUUUAAGUACAACUUGUUCAAAUGUAAAUUAUGAUAUAAAUGUUCACUGACCUAAUGAAA